AUGUUCUCAUUGCAAGUUUUGCAUUACCACGCUGGACCAGAACACUACCUCUCAAGAUUACAAACUCAUCAGCUUAUCGGAAUGUCUCAUGAGACUUCAGUUCUCAGCCUUCUCCUCCUCAGCUCCACUAUGUUCCUACCAGUUGUCCAUCUUGAAGGCAUCUUGUGUGCGCUGUUUGCAAACUCCUCUUUUCCUGUCAAGUUCCCUAUUUCUCAAUUUGGGGUGGAGAAGGAGCCAGGAAAGAUACAUUGUGAACACAGCAACUGCUGCAUGGGCAUGUGGAGUGAGCUUGAUGGACAGCUGCAACCUGUUGUACUGAGUUGCUUUCCAGACAGUGCAGUGUGCGGGUCUGCGGUCUGCUCUCCAGUAGAAAGGGAAUCUAUGUACUACUGCAUGUGUUCUUCAGAUAUGUGCAACGCAAACAUCACCCGUCACCACAAACCAAGUGCUCCCACCCAAGCUGAACUGGAGACAUGUGCUCGCUGGAACCUGUCCUGUGAUUGGAUUGGAGAAGCGAGGGAGCAACUGAGGAAUGCAAGCAGCUUCAGUAAGGGAAUGAACACUCAUAAGUUCAUAGUUAUCCUCUUUUUGAUAAUGUGUGUCUUGGUGUUCAUUAAAGUUUUAAGGAAACUCAAAAUAAGAAAGGAUGAAAUACUUGAACUUCAGGAUGUUCUCACUCAGGAUGAGUGUUCCUCACCAACCCUGCCAGUGGAAGGACUCACCUUACUACAGGCAUUAAGAGAAGAGCAGUUAGAAGCACAUUUGUGGCUUGGACUUCUGCAUGGUAGGGGUGUGAUCAUAAAGAGUUUCCCACCACCACUGAGAGAAGUGUACCAAAAGGAGUGGAGAAUCCUUAGCCUUCUGUCCCCACUUCAGCAUGAAAACAUUGUACGCCUUCUAGCAGCAGGUGGUGGUGACAAAGGACCCCUGGAACAUCACCAGCUUUUGGUUCUACAACAUUAUCCAGAGGGAUCUCUCAGAAAUUACUUAACUGGUCACACCACUGACUGGGUCACAGCUUGUCGAAUGGCUGCUUCCUUGGCUCGAGGACUGGCAUUUCUUCAUGCAGACUUAUGGAGAGGUUCCUAUAAACCAGCGAUAGCUCACCGGGAUCUAAGCAGCGACAACAUAUUGGUACAAGCUGAUUGCUCUUGUGUAAUCUCAAACUUUGGUCUGUCUGUGGUCCUGGAGAGCAUCCAGAUGAAAAAUAAGAAGGAACAAGACCCAGAUUUAAUAAGCAUGACAGGCACUUUGAGGUACAUGUCCCCAGAGAUGCUGGAUGGCUUCCUUAAUCUCGUGUCCUGGGAGAUGGCGCUGACACAAGCUGACGUCUAUUCUCUUGGGCUCCUGCUAUGGGAAAUAUUCAUCCGCUGCAAUGACUUAUAUGAAGAUCAUCAGGCUCCAGACUUCCAGGUAGUUUUCUCUGAAGAGCUGGGUCCAAACCCAACACUUUGUGAACUACAGACCUUGGUAGUGGAGAAUAAAGAAAGACCUCGGCUUCCUAAACCCUGGACCAGAAACGUCCAGCUCAGUUUGGCGCUCUGGGAAACACUGGAGGACUGUUGGGAUCCUGACUCUGAGGCUCGUCUGACAGCACAGUGCAUGGAGCAGAGACUCUGUAACCUCUGCCCCUUACAGGCCAAAUCACAGCAAGGAGAAGCUAUCACGGAAACUACUAGGAACUGUCCGGUGCCCUAAUGUCCAGCAGACAGACGGGAGUCUGUGCCGCAUACAGCCUGCUCAUCAGGGAGGAAUCUAUUUAACAUUUUUUGAUCUCUGGUACAUUACUGACUGCUUCUGAUUCCUGUUACAUUUUGUAAGGCUUUCAUAUAAAGUAUUUCUUCUUCCUCCUUUUCUUUAUUGGCCUGA